AUGUCCCUGCGCCCGCUCCUGCGAAAGGACCUGCUCGUGCGGUCCAACCAGACAGGCACGAAACGCGACAUGAAGGAGGCCCUGCAGAUCUUCGCGGCCAGCAGGGUCGUCCCCGAGCUGGAGGUCGUGGACCUGCGCGACAUCAAUGUCGCGCUGGACAGGAUCCGGCACGGCGAGGUCAUGGGGAAGUUGGUCGCGGAUCUCAGGGGGUGCGGUGGCAGUACAUGA